CAGCGUUCAGUUAACUAACAUCUCUCGACUUUCAGUCUUCAAAUCAAGCUCCUAAAAUGGCAUUCAAGUUUGUGGCCCUCCUCGCCCUGAUCGCCGCUGCCAGUGCCGGUGUCCUGCCCGCCGCCCAGGUGUACCAUGCCGCUCCGGUGGCCACCUAUGCGGCUCAUGCCCCUGCCGCCGCCGUCCUGAAGACCGUGGCCCAUCCGGUGCUGGCCAAGGCCGACGAGGAGUACGAUCCCCAUCCGCAGUACAAGUUCGCCUACGAUGUGCAGGACUCGCUGUCCGGCGAUUCCAAGAGCCAGGUGGAGGAGCGCGACGGAGAUGUGGUCCGCGGGGAGUACUCGCUGAUCGAUUCCGAUGGAUUCAAGCGCACCGUCCAGUACACCGCCGAUCCCAUCAACGGAUUCAAUGCCGUGGUCAACCGGGAACCUUUGGUUAAGACCGUGGUCAAGACCGUGGCUCCAGUGGCCCCCGUCUAUGCCGCCCCAGCAGCCAUCUACCACCACUAAACUCUGCCUGUUUAGAUUCCCUUUGUUGACUUAGUUGUAGGGUUCCUUUCGCAAAUAUAUGUUGUUUUUUCAAAUUU